UUGGAACCCACUUCUUUAUCAAUACCGGGGAGCCAAACACGCCUUUCGUCGUCCUCCUCCUCACUUCCACCAUUAUUGGUCCCUCGAUCUUUCUCUGAAACUGAUAAUCUCUACACUGUAUUAUUAGCGUUCGUUCCAUUACUUUCUCUUUCACGUCCAAAACUGAGACGCCCACGCAAGAAAGAGGGGAAGUGAAUAAUAUAUAGAAGCUACGUACCUAGCCAGUUCUUGUUAGUGGAGAAAAUCCAUGGAAGUUGUCGGCCUUAGAAUGAAGGAGGAGAUUAAGGCUACUGUGUUUAAUUUCGACACAGGGACGGAGUUAAGGCUGGGCUUGCCCGGCGGCGGCGGAGCAGUUGAAGAAGUAGCUGUGGCGGUGAAGAACAGUAGCAGUGCUAUUAUUAAUGCUAACGGCAAGCGAGGGUUCGAGGAAAGCGGUGGUGUGGAUUUGAAGCUCAACCUCUCCAGCUCCAAGGAAGCUGAUCAUAUCCAUCGGCCUGGCGACGAGAAAGCCACGAUUACCUCCACCGCCAAGGCACAGGUGGUGGGCUGGCCGCCGGUGGGAUCUUUCCGGAAGAAUAUACUGCAGGCGGCGCAGAAGAGCGGCUGCGCUGAGGAGAGCGAGAAGGCCGGCGGCAAUGCGGCAGCGGCGCUGGUGAAGGUUAGCAUGGAUGGCGCACCUUACCUACGCAAAGUGGAUUUAAAGACGUACCUGAGCUACCAAGAGCUUUCUGAUGCCUUGGUCAACAUGUUUCGCUCCUUCGCCAUUGGUAAAUGUGGAGCUCAAGGAAUGAAGGAUUUCUUGAACGAGAGCAAGCUCACGGAUCUGUUGAAUGGUUCUGAUUACGUUCCUACCUAUGAAGACGGCGACGGCGAUUGGCUGCUCGUCGGCGAUGUCCCAUGGGAGAUGUUUGUUGAAUCUUGCAAGCGGCUACGUAUAAUGAAGGGAAAGGAGGCCGUCGGACUCGCACCAAGAGCUAUGGAGAAACGCAAGAGCAGGCGCUGAUGGAGAUGGGAUGAUUUGCAGCUGCAGGCAUUGGAGUGGAGCGUGUCAAUGUUAUGGUUUGUAUUAAUUAAUGUGAUAAUUGUAUUAAUAGGCGUGUAAUUAAGAUUUACUCUUGUAUAUUACUUGCGUUUACCCUACCAUGUGUACCUACUAUAUUAAGUAAUAAUAUAAUUAGGUAUAUCCUUUCACUUUUCAAAAUUUAAA